UUUUCGACAGUCGGUAGCACAACCCUAGAAAUGGCUUCCAGCAGUACACAGUCUAGUUCCACAACAGAAUCAGGCGCAACGACAACUACUACUGAUGCUAGCACAACAACUGCACAAUCUACAAGCGCAGUUGAAAGUUCAACUGAAAGCACCACAACUGAAGCCAGUAUGUCUACAUCCGCAGGUACAUCAACAUCUACAAAUACGGAAUCUUCGACAGAGGGCACCACAACAGUAGAAAUGACUUCUACCAGUACACAGGCAAGCUUUACAACAGAAUCAAGCGCAACAACAACUUCUUCUACUGAUGCUGCCACAACAAAUGCACAAUCCACAAACCCAGUAGAGACUACGACUGAAGCCGUCACAGGUGAAGCCAGUACAUCUACAUCCGCAGCGACACCAACAUCUACAAUUCCAGAAACAACUAGCACAACAGUAGAAACCAUGGGGUCGUCGACAGUGAGUAGCACAACUGCUGCAGAAAUCACUUCCACGAGUACACAGUCUAUCUCCACAACAGAAACAGGUGCAACAGCAUCCACAACUGAUGCUAGCACAACCGCUGCUGAAUCUACAAGCGCACUUGAGACUACGACUGAAGGCACCACACCUGAAGCUAGCACAUCUACAACCGCAGCAGCACCAACAUCUACAAUUCAAGACACAACUAGCACAACAGUUGAAACCACGGAGUCCUCAACAGUGGGCGGCACAACUGCAGAAAUGGAUUCCACAAGUACACAGUUUAUCUCCACAACAGAAUCGGGCACAACAACAACCCUAACUGAUGGUAGCACAACAUCGCCUGAAUCUACAAGCACGGUUGAGUCUACAACUGAAACCAUUACAACUGAAACCGGUAUAUCUACAUCCGCACACACGCCAACAUCAACAACUGCAGAGAUGGCUAGCACAACAGUAGAAACUACGGAAUCGUCGACAGUCAGCAUCUCAACUGCUGAACCCACGUCCAUCAGUUCACAGGCUAGCACAGCAACACAGGCAGGCACAACAACCAGUACUGACACUAGCACCUCAGCUGCAGAUACUUCAAGCACAGCAGAGACUACAUCAGAAUCAAUCACAUCUGAACCCACUACAUCUACUUCUGGAUCCACAACUGCAUCAGCAAUUGUUGAUACAACGACUUCUACUGAAGGUACAACCGAGUUUUCGACAGUCGGUAGCACAACCCUAGAAAUGGCUUCCAGCAGUACACAGCCUAGUUCCACAACAGAAUCAGGCGCAACGACAACUACUACUGAUGCUAGCACAACAACUGCACAAUCUACAAGCGCAGUUGAAAGUUCACCCGAAAGCACCACAACUGAAGCCAGUAUGUCUACAUCCGCAGGUACAUCAACAUCUACAAAUACGGAAUCUUCGACAGAGGGCACCACAACAGUAGAAAUGACUUCUACCAGUACACAGGCAAGCUUUACAACAGAAUCAAGCGCAACAACAACUUCUUCUACUGAUGCUGCCACAACAAAUGCACAAUCCACAAACCCAGUAGAGACUACGACUGAAGCCGUCACAGGUGAAGCCAGUACAUCUACAUCCGCAGCGACACCAACAUCUACAAUUCCAGAAACAACUAGCACAACAGUAGAAACCAUGGGGUCGUCGACAGUGAGUAGCACAACUGCUGCAGAAAUCACUUCCACGAGUACACAGUCUAUCUCCACAACAGAAACAGGUGCAACAGCAUCCACAACUGAUGCUAGCACAACCGCUGCUGAAUCUACAAGCGCACUUGAGACUACGACUGAAGGCACCACACCUGAAGCUAGCACAUCUACAACCGCAGCAGCACCAACAUCUACAAUUCAAGACACAACUAGCACAACAGUUGAAACCACGGAGUCCUCAACAGUGGGCGGCACAACUGCAGAAAUGGAUUCCACAAGUACACAGUUUAUCUCCACAACAGAAUCGGGCACAACAACAACCCUAACUGAUGGUAGCACAACAUCGCCUGAAUCUACAAGCACGGUUGAGUCUACAACUGAAACCAUUACAACUGAAACCGGUAUAUCUACAUCCGCACACACGCCAACAUCAACAACUGCAGAGAUGGCUAGCACAACAGUAGAAACUACGGAAUCGUCGACAGUCAGCAUCUCAACUGCUGAACCCACGUCCAUCAGUUCACAGGCUAGCACAGCAACACAGGCAGGCACAACAACCAGUACUGACACUAGCACCUCAGCUGCAGAUACUUCAAGCACAGCAGAGACUACAUCAGAAUCAAUCACAUCUGAACCCACUACAUCUACUUCUGGAUCCACAACUGCAUCAGCAAUUGUUGAUACAACGACUUCUACUGAAGGUACAACCGAGUUUUCGACAGUCGGUAGCACAACCCUAGAAAUGGCUUCCAGCAGUACACAGUCUAGUUCCACAACAGAAUCAGGCGCAACGACAACUACUACUGAUGCUAGCACAACAACUGCACAAUCUACAAGCGCAGUUGAAAGUUCAACUGAAAGCACCACAACUGAAGCCAGUAUGUCUACAUCCGCAGGUACAUCAACAUCUACAAAUACGGAAUCUUCGACAGAGGGCACCACAACAGUAGAAAUGACUUCUACCAGUACACAGGCAAGCUUUACAACAGAAUCAAGCGCAACAACAACUUCUUCUACUGAUGCUGCCACAACAAAUGCACAAUCCACAAACCCAGUAGAGACUAUGACUGAAGCCGUCACAGGUGAAGCCAGUACAUCUACAUCCGCAGCGACACCAACAUCUACAAUUCCAGAAACAACUAGCACAACAGUAGAAACCAUGGGGUCGUCGACAGUGAGUAGCACAACUGCUGCAGAAAUCACUUCCACGAGUACACAGUCUAUCUCCACAACAGAAACAGGUGCAACAGCAUCCACAACUGAUGCUAGCACAACCGCUGCUGAAUCUACAAGCGCACUUGAGACUACGACUGAAGGCACCACACCUGAAGCUAGCACAUCUACAACCGCAGCAGCACCAACAUCUACAAUUCAAGACACAACUAGCACAACAGUUGAAACUACGGAGUCCUCAACAGUGGGCGGUACAACUGCAGAAAUGGCUUCCACAAGUACACAGUUUAUCUCCACAACAGAAUCGGGCACAACAACAACCCUAACUGAUGGUAGCACAACAUCGCCUGAAUCUGCAAGCACGGUUGAGUCUACAACUGAAACCAUUACAACUGGAACCGGUAUAUCUACAUCUGCACACACGCCAACAUCAACAACUGCAGAGAUGGCUAGCACAACAGUAGAAACUACGGAAUCGUCAACAGUCAGCAUCACAACUGCUGAACCCACGUCCAUCAGUUCACAGGCUAGCACAGCAACACAGGCAGGCACAACAACAACCAGUACUGACGCUAGCACCUCAGCUGCAGAUACUUCAAGCACAGCAGAGACUACAUCAGAAUCAAUCACAUCUGAACCCACUACAUCUACUUCUGGAUCCACAACUGCAUCAGCAAUUGUUGAUACAACGACUUCUACUGAAGGUACAACCGAGUUUUCGACAGUCGGUAGCACAACCCUAGAAAUGGCUUCCAGCAGUACACAGUCUAGUUCCACAACAGAAUCAGGCGCAACGACAACUACUACUGAUGCUAGCACAACAACUGCACAAUCUACAAGCGCAGUUGAAAGUUCACCCGAAAGCACCACAACUGAAGCCAGUAUGUCUACAUCCGCAGGUACAUCAACAUCUACAAAUACGGAAUCUUCGACAGAGGGCACCACAACAGUAGAAAUGACUUCUACCAGUACACAGGCAAGCUUUACAACAGAAUCAAGCGCAACAACAACUUCUUCUACUGAUGCUGCCACAACAAAUGCACAAUCCACAAACCCAGUAGAGACUACGACUGAAGCCGUCACAGGUGAAGCCAGUACAUCUACAUCCGCAGCGACACCAACAUCUACAAUUCCAGAAACAACUAGCACAACAGUAGAAACCAUGGGGUCGUCGACAGUGAGUAGCACAACUGCUGCAGAAAUCACUUCCACGAGUACACAGUCUAUCUCCACAACAGAAACAGGUGCAACAGCAUCCACAACUGAUGCUAGCACAACCGCUGCUGAAUCUACAAGCGCACUUGAGACUACGACUGAAGGCACCACACCUGAAGCUAGCACAUCUACAACCGCAGCAGCACCAACAUCUACAAUUCAAGACACAACUAGCACAACAGUUGAAACCACGGAGUCCUCAACAGUGGGCGGCACAACUGCAGAAAUGGAUUCCACAAGUACACAGUUUAUCUCCACAACAGAAUCGGGCACAACAACAACCCUAACUGAUGGUAGCACAACAUCGCCUGAAUCUACAAGCACGGUUGAGUCUACAACUGAAACCAUUACAACUGAAACCGGUAUAUCUACAUCCGCACACACGCCAACAUCAACAACUGCAGAGAUGGCUAGCACAACAGUAGAAACUACGGAAUCGUCGACAGUCAGCAUCUCAACUGCUGAACCCACGUCCAUCAGUUCACAGGCUAGCACAGCAACACAGGCAGGCACAACAACCAGUACUGACACUAGCACCUCAGCUGCAGAUACUUCAAGCACAGCAGAGACUACAUCAGAAUCAAUCACAUCUGAACCCACUACAUCUACUUCUGGAUCCACAACUGCAUCAGCAAUUGUUGAUACAACGACUUCUACUGAAGGUACAACCGAGUUUUCGACAGUCGGUAGCACAACCCUAGAAAUGGCUUCCAGCAGUACACAGCCUAGUUCCACAACAGAAUCAGGCGCAACGACAACUACUACUGAUGCUAGCACAACAACUGCACAAUCUACAAGCGCAGUUGAAAGUUCACCCGAAAGCACCACAACUGAAGCCAGUAUGUCUACAUCCGCAGGUACAUCAACAUCUACAAAUACGGAAUCUUCGACAGAGGGCACCACAACAGUAGAAAUGACUUCUACCAGUACACAGGCAAGCUUUACAACAGAAUCAAGCGCAACAACAACUUCUUCUACUGAUGCUGCCACAACAAAUGCACAAUCCACAAACCCAGUAGAGACUACGACUGAAGCCGUCACAGGUGAAGCCAGUACAUCUACAUCCGCAGCGACACCAACAUCUACAAUUCCAGAAACAACUAGCACAACAGUAGAAACCAUGGGGUCGUCGACAGUGAGUAGCACAACUGCUGCAGAAAUCACUUCCACGAGUACACAGUCUAUCUCCACAACAGAAACAGGUGCAACAGCAUCCACAACUGAUGCUAGCACAACCGCUGCUGAAUCUACAAGCGCACUUGAGACUACGACUGAAGGCACCACACCUGAAGCUAGCACAUCUACAACCGCAGCAGCACCAACAUCUACAAUUCAAGACACAACUAGCACAACAGUUGAAACCACGGAGUCCUCAACAGUGGGCGGCACAACUGCAGAAAUGGAUUCCACAAGUACACAGUUUAUCUCCACAACAGAAUCGGGCACAACAACAACCCUAACUGAUGGUAGCACAACAUCGCCUGAAUCUACAAGCACGGUUGAGUCUACAACUGAAACCAUUACAACUGAAACCGGUAUAUCUACAUCCGCACACACGCCAACAUCAACAACUGCAGAGAUGGCUAGCACAACAGUAGAAACUACGGAAUCGUCGACAGUCAGCAUCUCAACUGCUGAACCCACGUCCAUCAGUUCACAGGCUAGCACAGCAACACAGGCAGGCACAACAACCAGUACUGACACUAGCACCUCAGCUGCAGAUACUUCAAGCACAGCAGAGACUACAUCAGAAUCAAUCACAUCUGAACCCACUACAUCUACUUCUGGAUCCACAACUGCAUCAGCAAUUGUUGAUACAACGACUUCUACUGAAGGUACAACCGAGUUUUCGACAGUCGGUAGCACAACCCUAGAAAUGGCUUCCAGCAGUACACAGUCUAGUUCCACAACAGAAUCAGGCGCAACGACAACUACUACUGAUGCUAGCACAACAACUGCACAAUCUACAAGCGCAGUUGAAAGUUCAACUGAAAGCACCACAACUGAAGCCAGUAUGUCUACAUCCGCAGGUACAUCAACAUCUACAAAUACGGAAUCUUCGACAGAGGGCACCACAACAGUAGAAAUGACUUCUACCAGUACACAGGCAAGCUUUACAACAGAAUCAAGCGCAACAACAACUUCUUCUACUGAUGCUGCCACAACAAAUGCACAAUCCACAAACCCAGUAGAGACUAUGACUGAAGCCGUCACAGGUGAAGCCAGUACAUCUACAUCCGCAGCGACACCAACAUCUACAAUUCCAGAAACAACUAGCACAACAGUAGAAACCAUGGGGUCGUCGACAGUGAGUAGCACAACUGCUGCAGAAAUCACUUCCACGAGUACACAGUCUAUCUCCACAACAGAAACAGGUGCAACAGCAUCCACAACUGAUGCUAGCACAACCGCUGCUGAAUCUACAAGCGCACUUGAGACUACGACUGAAGGCACCACACCUGAAGCUAGCACAUCUACAACCGCAGCAGCACCAACAUCUACAAUUCAAGACACAACUAGCACAACAGUUGAAACUACGGAGUCCUCAACAGUGGGCGGUACAACUGCAGAAAUGGCUUCCACAAGUACACAGUUUAUCUCCACAACAGAAUCGGGCACAACAACAACCCUAACUGAUGGUAGCACAACAUCGCCUGAAUCUGCAAGCACGGUUGAGUCUACAACUGAAACCAUUACAACUGGAACCGGUAUAUCUACAUCUGCACACACGCCAACAUCAACAACUGCAGAGAUGGCUAGCACAACAGUAGAAACUACGGAAUCGUCAACAGUCAGCAUCACAACUGCUGAACCCACGUCCAUCAGUUCACAGGCUAGCACAGCAACACAGGCAGGCACAACAACAACCAGUACUGACGCUAGCACCUCAGCUGCAGAUACUUCAAGCACAGCAGAGACUACAUCAGAAUCAAUCACAUCUGAACCCACUACAUCUACUUCUGGAUCCACAACUGCAUCAGCAAUUGUUGAUACAACGACUUCUACUGAAGGUACAACCGAGUUUUCGACAGUCGGUAGCACAACCCUAGAAAUGGCUUCCAGCAGUACACAGUCUAGUUCCACAACAGAAUCAGGCGCAACGACAACUACUACUGAUGCUAGCACAACAACUGCACAAUCUACAAGCGCAGUUGAAAGUUCACCCGAAAGCACCACAACUGAAGCCAGUAUGUCUACAUCCGCAGGUACAUCAACAUCUACAAAUACGGAAUCUUCGACAGAGGGCACCACAACAGUAGAAAUGACUUCUACCAGUACACAGGCAAGCUUUACAACAGAAUCAAGCGCAACAACAACUUCUUCUACUGAUGCUGCCACAACAAAUGCACAAUCCACAAACCCAGUAGAGACUACGACUGAAGCCGUCACAGGUGAAGCCAGUACAUCUACAUCCGCAGCGACACCAACAUCUACAAUUCCAGAAACAACUAGCACAACAGUAGAAACCAUGGGGUCGUCGACAGUGAGUAGCACAACUGCUGCAGAAAUCACUUCCACGAGUACACAGUCUAUCUCCACAACAGAAACAGGUGCAACAGCAUCCACAACUGAUGCUAGCACAACCGCUGCUGAAUCUACAAGCGCACUUGAGACUACGACUGAAGGCACCACACCUGAAGCUAGCACAUCUACAACCGCAGCAGCACCAACAUCUACAAUUCAAGACACAACUAGCACAACAGUUGAAACCACGGAGUCCUCAACAGUGGGCGGCACAACUGCAGAAAUGGAUUCCACAAGUACACAGUUUAUCUCCACAACAGAAUCGGGCACAACAACAACCCUAACUGAUGGUAGCACAACAUCGCCUGAAUCUACAAGCACGGUUGAGUCUACAACUGAAACCAUUACAACUGAAACCGGUAUAUCUACAUCCGCACACACGCCAACAUCAACAACUGCAGAGAUGGCUAGCACAACAGUAGAAACUACGGAAUCGUCGACAGUCAGCAUCUCAACUGCUGAACCCACGUCCAUCAGUUCACAGGCUAGCACAGCAACACAGGCAGGCACAACAACCAGUACUGACACUAGCACCUCAGCUGCAGAUACUUCAAGCACAGCAGAGACUACAUCAGAAUCAAUCACAUCUGAACCCACUACAUCUACUUCUGGAUCCACAACUGCAUCAGCAAUUGUUGAUACAACGACUUCUACUGAAGGCAAGUUGUCUUUUCCUCUUGUAUUAGGUGAUGUCUUUCAUAUCAAAAGGGUGUGUGGUAUUAGUGACAAAUGCAAAAAGAUUUAA